AGGUUGACCGGCCCCCGCGCCCGGUUCUCUUCUCCCAAAGCCGUUGCCAGCGUGUGGAGCCCGCCCCACACCUGCCCCCUGCUGAACCACGGCCUUUACCUGCGUGUUCCAGUGUUUCCCCUGCGACCCGUCCUGUGGGAGCGCCUCGUGGGCCACCCCGGAGUUCGCACAGCGUUCGGUGGCGCCAAUGGUCAAGAUGACGCGCUCCAAGACCUUCCAGGCAUACCUGCCGUCCUGCCACCGGACCUAUAGCUGCAUCCACUGCAGAGCCCACCUCGCCAACCACGACGAACUCAUUUCCAAGUCUUUCCAAGGAAGCCAAGGGCGGGCCUACCUCUUCAACUCAGUAGUUAACGUGGGCUGCGGCCCUGCAGAGGAACGGGUUUUGCUAACGGGGCUGCAUGCGGUUGCCGACAUUUACUGUGAAAACUGCAAAACCACACUGGGCUGGAAAUAUGAACACGCGUUUGAAAGCAGUCAAAAGUAUAAAGAAGGCAAGUACAUCAUUGAAUUAGCGCACAUGAUCAAGGACAACGGGUGGGAUUGAACCACAAGGCGGAGCAUGCUCGCACACCGCGCAAGAGAGAGAAUGCCAUCCAAUCGAACACUUAUCUCCGAGAAUGAGCGAGUGACUGAAAACUGCUUGGUUCCAUGCAUUUGGGGGCUUUGUCGUCGUCGUCAUCUUGAGAUGCUUCCUCACACACCCUUUUGCUAUCCGUACCGGUGACCGGCCUCGAUAACUUCCGUCUCCUUUGCUUUUGUAAUCCGUUCGUGAGUCAACUCCUGGUACCCCCCCUUUCUCUCUCUUUUUCUCUCUCUGUGUUCUGGCACUGGUUAAAACAAAACAAAACGAAGGAACGAGUCCAAGGGCCGAACCAUUUCACAGCCGACGUCUCGGUAGAAACUGAAGCUUGGCUUUUGGGAAGUUGGGUUGGGGGACAUUUUUAUCCAAGGGGUUCUGGCGCUCAGGAAGGAGGAUCUUUUAUUUUUGGACAUGGCGGCGGGUGGAGGGCUGUGGGGAAAUGUGAAUAGGAUCCCUCCUUUAAAAACCUGAUAAAUCAUGGCUUGAAACUAGGGGAACCGUAAAAGAUAUACCUCAUGGCUGCGUUUUCUCUCUGCAUCCCAAGACUGUAGCGUCAGACUCCUUGCUAGCGACUUCUCCUAUCUCGACUCCUUGCGUGUUUGUUUUUUAAGUGGUUUCUCCAGAUUUUGUCUUUGUAAUAACUGUAUUGAGAGGGGAGGUUUUGAACCUUAGAGGUUCUUUGAGCUCCGCUCUUUCCUACCCGUGCCUCCAGUUUCCCAGUGAAUGGGUCCAUCCAAAAUGCUCCAACGGCAAUCUUGGGCUCUAAUACUCUGGCCUUCUAGGUAUCCACUCCACGGGGGUGCAAAGCCAUGCCGAGGGAGAUGAUUGGCGGUGAAAUGCAAAAGGAGCUCGAACCAUGAUGAAAGCAAAUGGGGGGAGUACUUUCAGGGGUGCAGAGGAAUGCAAAAAGAAGGAGCUAUCCUAGUAUUUAGCCUUGCGGCUGCUAAGGGAGCUGGCCGUCUCACACUGAUGCAUGAAGAGGACCUAAUUCGGGGGGAUUUCAAAUUCGAUCGUCUGUGCUGUUUUUUAAGAGUCUCGCUUCGGAGCGCAACCGGGAAGUCUCCAGCCGUGGUGACGUUUCGGGAAGCAAAUAUUUCGACACCUAAAUGAGUGUUGUGCUCUGGUCGGCAACUACAGACAGAAGGCCUCAAGGCCGCCUGCAACGUAGCUCUGCCCCUUGACCCACUCGUGCUGAGAGAAGGGGAACCCCUUCCUUCCCACUGUGAACAACAGGGCACCUCCCCUUUUGAACCUCCGCUGCGCUCUCCCUUUUCCUGAGUGUUGGAUCAUAACCCGGGAGUUGGCGGUCAGGGUACAUAAACGGAGAAGUGCACCAGAGCCCUUUGGCUGUUCACAUUGAUGUGAACAGCCGGAGACUCCCCUCGCACAGGGGAAUAACUGGUUCGGUUGUUUUGGUAAGGGGAUCCCUGGGAUUUGGAGGUGUACUGGGAGCCAGAUUUGAAUCCCUUGGCUGCUUCGUACUUUUCUAAAGGGUCUUCAUCCCACCUACCGUUGCAAUGCUUUUGGGAUUGAAGUGCAAGAACAACUGCAAUGGCCAACCAUAGCAAGGGAGUACAACCUCUGGCCCGCGGUGAUCGCUCAUCUGGCCUGCGGAGGCCCUUGGGACAAGAGGAGAAAAAUGGGAGGGCCCUCUCUAUUUAAAUGAAGCAUUAUGUUGUGAGAAUGCACAUAAUAAUCAUGCAUGCUAGGGAAUACUUGAGUUGAUCAGGGCCUUACUCUCUGUGGUUCCCUCGUCCCUGCUCUUCGUUGCUCGCUAGCUGGUGUCUUACCCCUGGAAAGUCCGGCAGCUCAGUACGAGAGUCCACAAAUUUUGGCGGGCCAGAAUUUAGGGUUGCUAGCAACGUGGGUCUACCCAGUUUCGAGGGUCUCAUCUUUGAUACGUGCU